GCUGCUGCCUGGACCUGUAGGAACUAGCUGGCGCAGCAGUCCACAGCGUUGACUCAACGUUGCAUCUGCGAGGCUGAGACAGCGGCAUCUCUGCUCUGCUGCUGCGAGACAGAUGAGAUGACAUAGCGACUGGACGAGCUAGCGCCACCUCGACACCUGGAUCAGAUCGUGUCUCUGUUUUCCCGUCGUUUUCCCCCGUGAUUUAAUUAGCUAUUUGCUUGAGCUUGCUUAGACCGCAGGCCAGUCACCAAUGCUCCCAGUGAGCUGCCCUCACAUAGAUGUCAAUCUAAGUUGCUGCAAGCUAGCGUUAGCUCGCUGCUGCUACCCUUCAGACAUCGAAGUGGCCACAUAAACAUGCGGAUCAUCGAGGCGGAGACCCCUGGGACAUCUCUAACGUUAAACGCUCUCUGCAGGACACGAGUCUCGACUAGCCGCUGACUGGACUCUGCAGAGCCUUUGUAAAAGGGGAAAGAGCGACGGAUCUCAAGGACCAGAUUGCCCGCGUGAACUUUUUGCCUCUCAGACAGAUCGCCAGGGACCAUGCUGACCAUUCUAGCUGCUGGGUCUGUGUUCUUUCCAGGCCUUUUUCUGCUGUCCAAACAAUGCUUGAAGUCAAUCCCAGCACUGAGGUGGAGCGAAGGAGAUGCAGUCAUUGUGUCUGCCAGGUUGGUUUCAUCAGUUCAGGCAGUCAUGGCCUCUUCAGCUGGCUACAUCAUUGCUUCUUCCUGCGAGGACAUCAUCGAGGACCAGCACUGGCUGACUAGCACUUACAUUAUGUUUGCUGUUCCCUACUUCGUGUACGACAUCUACGCAAUGUUCAUGUGCUACUGGUACAAGCUGCGGGUCAAAGGGCACGAGGAGGCGUCGGCAGCGCCCCAGCACAUGAGCACAGCACUGACCAGCUACCUGCGUCGCGAGUUCCUCAUGGUGCUGCACCACGUUGUCAUGGUCACCGUCUGCUUCCCCGUCUCUGUGUUUUGGCGACAAGGAAAGGGAGAUUAUUUCCAGGGUAUAAUGUUCAUGGCUGAGCUCAGCACUCCAUCCGUCUGCUUAGGAAAAAUACUCAUCCAGUACAAACAGCAACACACUCUCCUGCACAAAGUGAAUGGGGCUCUUAUGCUGAUCACUUUUUUCAUCUGUCGAGUCCUCCUCUUCCCUUACCUCUACUACGUCUAUGGAAGGUACGCGUCCAUUCCCUUCCACAUGGUCCCCCUGUCGGUGCCCUGGCACUGUAACCUUGGUGCUGCUCUGCUCAUGGCCCCCCAGCUCUACUGGUUCUCCCUCAUUUGCAGGGGCGCCCUACGACUAUUCACAGGCACCUCACGCUCUCAGAGACCACGUCCGACCACAGGCGCAGCCAAGGAGAGGCAGACGGAUGGUAACACACUGCCCCAGCCUGCCAACGGCUACAGCACGCGCUCCUCAGAGCCUGAGCUCACCACUCACUGAGAAGAGUGGAGGGGGGGGGGGCGGGAUGGGACGGGGAGGGAAGGAAGGCGAAUGUACCAAUGAGUAUGUAAAGGAAAGAAAGCUGUGAGGGGGAAAAAAGUGAGACUUGAAACUAGUAGCAAUACGAAGAAAGCUACAGACAAUGGCCUCAAAUCGUGCUGAAGUGUUCGCGGCCAGCAGUCAAAAAAGAUUUGGUUGCUGGCCUCCAUCUACUUCAGUGUCCAAGUUUGUAGGAACCAAGCGGAGGGUUAGUGCACUCAGUAUUUAAAGAUGUCAUCGGGCACUGUGACAGAUAGGAAAAUGCACUGACCUGAGAGGAAUUUGCCUGGAUGUAUAGCGAGCUUAGGUGGCUAUUUCCCUCAUGUAGAUCAAAUUCAGUCCUCUCUGCCUCACGGUAUAGGAAGAGCAGGAGAAUAGGAAUGUAUUAUAUUGUAUGUUAGUACAUUUGCUGUAGAUGGAAGGCCUCAUUCAGUUUAGUAAUGAAGAAGACCUUCAAAAAAGAAAAAAAAAUCCCGGCUAAGCAGUAUUUUGACUUGUUAGUGUUCAAUAUCUGUAUCCUCUAUGUAGUCACUGUCACUCUAACAAAAUGUAACCAACCUGCAGACUGACUCAUCUUUAGAAGGGAGAUAAUCUCGUAAGACUGUAUUCUGCUGCCUUAUCCCUUUCCCCCCCCCAUUCUUUGCAGUUUCUUUCGGUUUUUAAUUUAUUUUUAUCCUCGGAGGGGAAGGAAGAGGAACAACGUGACGGGUGUACAUAGCCGAUGUAAAAUUGUCCUUAUUUCCAUGUCAGUAUUAGGUCAGCGUUGAUUUUAAUUUAUUUUUUCAGGUUCUGUCUCAUUUCUGCAUCCGAUGUUUCGAACAUUUCAGCAUUGAAACAUUUCACCGUUUUCCAGCUUAGUGUAUGCAAACCUUCCCCAGACGUUAACGACAGUGCUUCUCGUUUCAGUGUAGAUAUGACUUCAUUCCAUGUACUGGUAUCACAAAGUGUUUUUUGCAUACGAGGAAGUGAUGCACAGUAGCAGUCACUUUAAAAUGAGUGUUUGUUUUUUUCUUUUUUCAGUUUGGUGCUGAUAUAAAUCUCAAACUAUCCAUUUGAUUGGCUGAAGUAUUUCAGUGAGGGAUCCAUAGGAUUUGAGUAUUUAUCGCUUUGUCAGGGGACUUGCUUUGUUGCAGUUUGAAGGGAAACAAAAGACAAAUAAGCUCAUAGGGAAGCAUUCCCUUGUGAUUGACAUGCGGCACAUUUGUCCACGGCAACCUCUGAUGACGUUGCUCGUUUAUUUUUUAACCAUUGUUAUUAAGUCCGACUUGUGUAAAGCCUUUUACAUAAUUGCUUUGGUCGUUUAGCCGUUUAUUUGAGCCGCUGGUUCUAUGAACCUGUUACGAACAAACUGGCUAGUUUUAUCAUUUUAUGUUUGUUUAAAGCAGCUUCACUGUCCUGGAAAUGGGUCAAGAAAAAAAUAAAAAAAUAAAACAAAGCUCAGAAACCAUCGAGACAGGGCAGCGUGUGCCAAAAACAUCUGGACAACUGUGGGCAUGUUGAACACAGAACAUCCAUUCCCCCCAGUUCCAUGAACUCCUAAGGUACUGCUUCUUGACAAUACUAAAACAUUUCAACUGAUGUACUGUAUAUUCCACAAAAUGCUCGUUAUUUAUUUGUAAGUAUUUAUUUAUUUAUUUAUUUGGUUUGUGGUUUUGAAUGCAUAUUUAUGCAUACAUAUACUAUAUGCUUCUGAGCCUUAUGUGAAGGCUGUAUUGUUACUCCAACUUAGCUAAAAUAUACUUCUCUGUCCUGA